CCGGUUGCGCCGCUUGACACAACUGGCAAGCCUCCAUUUUUUGUGGAUUUUCAUAUUUGAAUGCAAAGGUUGGAGAAUACCUAAUGACUAAAAUUUAAAAGGACAGAAAUUAAGUCAUCGAUUUAAUAGAUCAAUUUUGUUAUAUUUACGAAUACCUAAUUUUAAAAAUAACCGCGGGAAAAAAUACUUAGUGGAUUGAUCUUGGACGAAGGCAAAGAUAUCUUUAGUGAAAAAUUGAAUGAAAUAAGCCAACACAAUGCUUGCUUCAAAAUGUCGGGGUUUUGUGCCAUGUUCUAUUAUAUUUCGGAAUAUGGUUAUUACUUUUUAGCGACCGUAAAGAGAUUUUAUCGAAGAACAAAUAUUCUGUCGAGUGGUGGAAAAUUUGAGAUAACUUUGGAUCAGAGAAAAUUGAAGACUCCAAAAGGACAGAUAUUUGAAGUGAAUAGUAAACCUUUGGCAUUGGCUGUGGCUACAGAAUGGGAGAGUCAAGGGGAUAUUAUUAAUAGAGGCAAUAUGCAUUUGACUGCAUUGUGUAGCACCGCUUUAGACAAUCCACACAAUCACAAUAAGCUGGACAUAGUAAACUAUAUAGUGAAUUACUUGGAAACUGAUACUAUUCUUUUUCAUAGUGCUGAUGCCGAAGAACUCACAAAAUUACAAAUGGAAAAGUGGGAUCCACUAAUUCAGUGGUUUUGCGAUCAAUAUGAAAUAGAUAUUGUUAAAACAAACAGUAUAGAGGCACCAGUUGUUCCGCUUCAGACUAAAGCUGUUUUGACAAGACAUCUAUCAUCUUACAAUUUCGAGGCUGUUCAGGGUUUUAUGUAUGCAGUGGACACGUUAAAGUCAGUAAUUCUCCCUUUGGCAGCAGUCGAACGUGUCAUCGGCAUUGAGGAAGCCGUGAGACUGUCCAGACUAGAGGAGGAGUAUCAGAUAUCACACUGGGGAAACGUAGAGUGGUCGCACGAUCUGAGCAAACACGAUUUGCAAGGGCGUCUCGCGGCAGCAAUUCUUUUUAUCCAUUUAAAUUCAAGUUCUUCAACUAGUCAGCCGAAGAGCAACAGCUCUUCGAUCGUAGCCAAUUAAUAAAUAAUUCAAUUAAAAAAACGUCAUUCUAUUCUAA